AUGAGCAAUCCAGAUGAGUACAUCUCAGUAAUGAUAGAAUCUGAUGAAGCCUUUAGAUCCCAGUUCGAUCCGUCAAGCCAAUCAUAUCACAAUGGAGACCCCACACCAGUUCCUCUAGGCGGUGAGCGAGUACCCGAAUCUAUGCCGACAGCUUACGAUCCCAAUGGCUAUCAGCAAGACACUCCAAUGGAUCCUGCUUACUAUUAUACUUAAUCAACCCUUAUAGCUUUCCAUAUAGUCGAUUUCUUAAUGUCUAAUUCAAUUUUUUCCGAUUUAAUUAUUUUUGGCUGUAAAAUAUGUUUGAAAUUUCAUCAAAAAGUGAAUUAGUAUGCAAUUAAUCAUGGCAUAAAAGGCGAAAUUGCAAAAAUUACUUUAAAAAUCAAGCUCACGAACCAAUUAAAAUCAAACCUAGUCCCCAUCAAUACUUGAGCGAUGCUAGAAACCUCUUUCUCAAUUUCAAAAAAGCUCUAUCCCAAAUCUGCCCAAAUGUCGAAGCAGUUAUGAGAGCUCGAAAAUUUAAAGAUCCAGUGAAAAAGCAGCAGGAAAUGGAAAAAAGACAUAUGGGACUUCUUCAAUCUUUAGAAGUAGCUCAAGGAAUUGCAGUAGAGCUUUCACAGUACGUUGACGUGAUUCCUGACUACGGAGAAGUGAUCAACGAGGUUUUCCAAAGAGGACUGGUUGAGUACAAUUCAAAAGAUGAAUAUGGUGAAUACAUGCGCUAUAUGACCUUGCUGACUCAGAGAGUAUUCAAGGACAGCCAAGAUAUUUUGAUGAGAAUGAAAGUAAUAAAAAGCCAAUCGUAA